AUGGCAACAGACGUUAGUUAUGCUGCCUCCAGCAUCCUGUCGACGGACAAUACCCGCGACCCCGAAUAUAACGAUUUCUCCUUCACCCCGUUUCUCCGGAAUAGUUUCGGCUUCGGUCUCGCCAGCGACGUCCCUGUCUGCAAAGCCUACAGUGAAGGCCACUGUCCUCUAGGACCUGCAUGUCCAGAUCGCCAUCCCACUCCAACACGCGUUACCACUUCCACGACUACUGCGUCGGGUCUUGCCCCGUCGACUACACACGGCUCCCUCGUCUGCAAGCAUUUCCUCAAAGGACUCUGCAAGAAGGGGUUGAAAUGCGAAUACCUACACGAAUACAACCUCCGGCGGAUGCCGGAGUGCCAAUCAUUCACACGAUCUGGAUACUGCCCCAACGGCGAUGAUUGUCUAUACCAACAUGUACGGGAACACGCUCGCCUCCCGCCGUGCGAGAACUACGACCAGGGAUUCUGCGAGUUGGGUCCGUUGUGCGCGAAACGCCAUGUCAGACGACGUCUGUGUCAGUAUUAUCUUGCCGGGUUCUGCCCGGAGGGUAGAGCGUGUCCCGAUGGCCAUCCUCGUUGGAACGAACAUUUGCCAAGACCAUCAUUGCGGGUGGAGAAGACGGAGGAGGAGCUGGAGCGGGAACGGUCGUUGAUUCGGGAGGAGCAGGAACGCGAAAGGGAAAGAGAGCGUGAGUGGAGGAAUGAACGGGGUCGGGGAGGUGGGUUUAUGCGUGGUCGGUUUCGCGGUCGGGGGCGCGGCUGA